AUGCGAGCUCUUGCUUUCCUUUUGCUCUUCACUUGGCUGUUCACUGCAUCAGCAACGAUCCUUGAGAAUGGCCAGGCGCGGUUGAACCCGUAUCCGGGGCAAGCCGAGGUCAUUACGCUGGACAAAACGACGUGGAAGACCUACAAGCCUGGUGUUAAGGAGAUUUCUUACAAGGGGAGAUGGGACGACAAGCAUAUUUCUUGGUGGUCAGCUCCUGGAUUCAGGCUUGCGUUCACUGGCGAAAAGCUCGCCUUGUCCUUUGGUCAAUACACCAGUCAAGGAGUCCUCGUGGCAUACAGACUGGGUGGCCAGGACUGGCAAUUCUCCAAUGUCACUGCCAAUGCCACGUAUCAAUUCAUUGCUCCUACCACGACGGGACUCAACCUCACUAAUGCCGGCGACGCGAAGACCUUUGAGCUGAGAGACAGCAGGAGCUUACUGACCACAAGCACAAUCCAGCUGGCCGGUGUAUCCGUCGCGGCAGAUGCAAAGAUCUCCAGCACCCCUGAGUACCCAAAGAUGGUGGAAGUCAUCGGAGACUCACUGAGCUCCGGCGACUACGCUACAUAUGAAGGACUGUCCUCAUGGCCAUAUGAUUUCGCAGCAGGGCUCGGGAACGUAGAAUACUCCAUUACUGCCUAUCCCGGUAUCUGCCUCCACGAUCAGAAUUGCUGGGGAAAUCCCCGUGGUCAGACCUACCAAUGGUACCGCACCUCCGACACGUCCUGGCGCGCACACGAGAUCUACGGCGACAAUCCACCCAAGUGGAAUUUUGCCGCUCAACGCCCAGCUGAUCUGGUGGUCAUCAACAUUGGCACAAACGACAACAACCAGGUGAACAAUGUCUCAAGCACAGACUAUUACAACGACUAUGUCACUCUCGUGGGCAACAUCCACAAGAUUUGGCCCAAGGCAGAUAUCGUUCUUAUGUCGCUGUGGGGUGGUUUCGGAGCUUCGGGGGACACAUACGUGCAGGGCCCUCUAUGGGUGGAUGAGAUCAAGCGGGUUUACCAGCAUUACGAGAAGCAGGGGUUCAUCCAUUAUUUCGACACGACGGGGAUCCUGCAGCACAACGACAUCGCGCCGCAGUGGCAUCCCACGGAUGUUGGCCAUCUGAAGAUUGCCGCGCAUCUGAUGCAGUGGGUGAAGUUGAAGUUUGGCUGGGAAUUUGGGGCUACAGGGCCUGAGGUGCAUCAUGGGACGUUAUACUGGAAUGAUCAGUCGAAUUACUAG